UUCUUAGCGUUUAUAAAACGAGACAGAAAUCACAUCGGCAAUGUGUUUCUCCGAUCUCUUCCUUAUGGCAGCAUACGUCAAGUCACUUUUGAGACUAAGACUGACGUAUUGGGCUAUGGAUUUACUGCUGUACCUGAAAUGAUAUACUAUGUACAAGACAACAACGGCGACGAAAAUCAUAUGCUUUUUGCGAAAAACGUCUCACAGAAAGCUGUAAAAACCAAUCGCUUGGGUCGUUCCACUAUCUCCGAUCGCAGGGGGGUAAAGGCUAAAAUUCUUGGGAACAACUACGUUGACCCUCGUUUGCUCAUCGGCAUCACCGACGAAAAUUCAUCGAUGUACAACGUUUACUCUUACAACUUACUGACAAAUACGCUAUCACUUGUGAUGAGAAACAAACGAUUCCCAGAGGUGUACGUCGACAAUAAUCUCAACAUUCGCAUAGCAUACGAAGAGCAAAAAGAUGGCACAGCAAUAUAUUACAGGAUAAAACGCUUACGGGGUCCAAGAGAAAUACUUACAUCAGAUAGGAAACACUGGGAAGAACUACUGCAUUUGUCUGCUGAAGACUCGCUGAGCAAUGCGUAA